AUGAAGGACUUGGGAAGAGCCAAGUACUUUUUGGGUAUCGAAAUUGCAAGGGGGCCAGAAGGGAUGUUCUUGUCUCAGAGAAAAUAUGCAUUAGACAUUAUAACGGAGGCAGAAUUGCUUGGAUGUAAGCCAGUCUCGACACCAAUGGAACAGAAUCACAAGCUUCUGUCAGAUGCUGGACCGUACUAUAACAAUCCUGCGCGGUUCAGGAGAUUUGUUGGGAAGCUAGUUUAUCUCUCUAUCACAAGACAUGAGUUAAGUUAUGCAAUUCAUGUGCUCUCUCAGGUCAUGCAUAAACCAAGAGAAGCGCACUGGGACGCAGUAGUGAGAGUCAUGCGGUAUUUAAAGGGGUGUCCGGGACAAGGGAUCAUGCUUAAUGCUGUAAGUGAUCUUCGUCUUCGCAUAUUUUGCGAUGCAGACUGGGCAGCAUGCCCCAAUACGAGACGUUCCUUGUCAUCAUUUAUCACUCUACUCGGGAACUCUCCUAUCUCUUGGAAGACCAAGAAGCAGGACACUGUGUCCUAUUCAUCAGCUGAAGCCGAGUAUAGAUCCAUGGCAGCCGCAUUACGAGAACUGAAGUGGCUAAAGCGACUCUUGUGUGAUAUGGGGGUUCAACACAAGGCGCCUAUGGAGAUGUUCUGUGACAGCAAAUCGGCGUUAUACAUUGCGAAUAAACCUGUGUUUCACGAGAGAACGAAACACAUUGAGUCUGAUUGUCAUAGUGUUCGAGAUGCUGUUCAGGAUCGGCUAAUCGUUACAAGACAUGUGCGUACAACGGAGCAACUAGCAGAUAUAAUGACCAAAGCUUUGGGAGCUCCUGCCUUCAACUACUUGCUGUCCAAGUUAGGUGUUCGUAAUCUACAUUCACCUACUUGA